UUUUUCAAGUGAGCGUCAUUCAAUUAAAAUGCAAUUCUCGUCGACCCCAUGCACGGAUAUUUAAUUAGACUGGGGAGCACGGCUUUCAAUAUCUUUUUAUUUUUUCUUUCCUGUGCAGCUCUUAGGAUUUCACCUCUGAGGCAUAUUUUCACUCUGUUACUCGUUGGUUAAACAAGGGCAUGUAUCAGUUUGUUAAUUGAUACAAUUACGCAUCACGCGCAAUGGUCACGUAGGUCUCCAGGCGCGCAUCAAUCACCGGUCUAUUGACCUGCCAAAAACGCUUCUAACAGCCCACGCUGAGACUGCCCGCUCUCUCUAAUAUAGAAAGAUAGAAACAUCAUUGUCAUUAACUCCGUGAUGGACCUCUGGCCAAAGUGCCAGAAGCCAGUAGAGGGUGGGAUUAAAAAAUAAUAAUAAAGCUUAGCAUUAUAUAUUAUAUUCAUUUAUAAGUAAUUAAUUGCAAAUAAAGUAAAAGUUCUAAACAUCUGGAGUGUAAAAAUAUGUUUUGGUAUGAGGCAAAAAUUAUCAAAUGUCAAUUUGGAUAAGGUUUGGCGUUAGACGAAUGAAUGUGUUUUGGUUGUUUUUUUUGUUUUUUUUUCAAAAAGUAUGACAAGGAAAAAAAACAGCGAAAAAAAAAGGAAAGCAGGACAGUACAGUGCACCUUAAGAAAGCCCUGCGCUGGGUGUGAUUGGCAUAGACAUUAUUCUAUCCCUAGUACCCCUGCCGUUCCGGGAUUACAGUGACGUCACGCUGAUACCCUUGAAUGGGUGAAUGCUAAAGAACUAUAGAGCCACAAAUAAUAGCACAACCAGAGUCCAUAACUUGGAAGACUUACUUAUCCUUUAAGCCUCCUUCAGCCACCACAACAUUUUUUUCCUACUUAAUGACGCUUAAUUUCAUGUCUUAUCGGAUUCUGUAGGGGAUUAUUCAUUCAUAUAAAACAAUCUGCAGCUGCUGCCACUCCAAACUCUCCCUCCUUUUGACUGAAUUCAUCUAUUAUUGAGCGAAAGGCCGUGCGUGGAAAGUGAGUGCAAGACGAUGGAUUUGAAGUAGAAUUGGUUGCAAUCGAUCAAGGGUGAAGAAUAUUCCUGAUGGUAACAAAGGAAGCAGCUAUGUCUUUCUCGCAGUUUGGAUACCCUUACAAUGCAACUUCACAGUUUUUCGUGUCGGCAAACCCCAGUACGACUUGCUGCGAUUCGAUUUCCAGGUCGGUCUCUGACGGGACAGGCAGCUCCCAGACCGCCGCCGCCUCCUUCUGCUGCCCGCCCUACGAGAACCGGCUCCUGGCGAGCAGCCGGACCGAGCUGAACGCCGCGCUGGGCAUGUACAGCUCUCCCUACGCGGCAGCUGCCGCAGCCAGCCAGAACUACGCCAGCUACUUCCCCUAUAGCACCGACCCAUCCGCUAUCUACUCCCCGCUGAAUCCACAGUAUGACAUUAAGGACAGCACAGGCACUUUACACUCCGGCAUUACUCAAACCGCUACUUACUACCCUUAUGAUCACUCACUGGGACAGUAUCAGUAUGACAGAUAUGGGACGGUGGACUUCAAUGGCACAGCUAGAAGAAAGAACGCCACACGUGAAACCACCAGCACACUAAAAACAUGGCUGUAUGAGCACCGCAAGAAUCCCUACCCUACUAAGGGAGAGAAGAUCAUGCUGGCCAUAAUCACCAAGAUGACCCUCACGCAGGUGUCCACCUGGUUCGCCAACGCCAGGAGGAGGCUAAAGAAGGAGAACAAGAUGACCUGGUCACCAAAGAAUAAGGCCAAUGACGACAGAAAGGAGGACUUCAAUAAGAACGACCAAGACUGUGUCACCAAAGAUUCCAGUGAAUGCAAGGAAGAUAAAGAGUUACACCUGAGUGACCUGGAGGACAUGGAUGAGGACGACUGUGACAAGCUGGACAGUGACUGUGAAAAGGUGGCAGCAGAUGAAGAGGACCUCCAGAGAUCCAUGGUUGCGUCUGGAACUUCUCCGAAAAGAGACUGCAGCUCCGAGCUUCACCUGAGCUUAAACAGCUUCCACACAUUCCCCUGCACUAUCAAGGGCGUCCCCAACCUCCCCCCUCACCCAUCGGAUUUCAUGGAUCCAGUUGUGUCCAAGGCAGCCCCUGGAAGCGUCCCGUCAGCUGGAAUGGUGUCCAUGUCUCAUUUUGAAUCACCAGACAAGCCACGGAUUUGGUCCUUGGCCCGUACUGCAGCUUCAGGGGUCAUACUAAGCCCUCAGCAGCAUAGUUCAGAGCUGAGGACAGGAAGCCUAACUGUGGACUAUCAGCUACAGAACAACAGACUUCCUGGGGCUACCACUGGACAAUUUGGGGCCACAAGAGGCCUCCAUGAAUCUAACAAUGUCACAAAUUCAGAGAGCUCUUUCCCUGAGGGUUCAACCUUGCACUCAAAAGUUUAUGACACAAGCAGCUACAGCCACAAGGGCCUCCAACUACACAGCUCAUCCUAUGCUGCUCUCCCAGAUACCUGUCAGUACACUGCAAUAGAAGGAUUCUCUGGUGGCAAGGUGGACAUUCAGUCGUCUGACCUCGGGGAAGCCUGUGGGACUGUGCAGAGCGACAAAGUCACUGCGUUCAGAUCAGUCAUGAAGAGGUGAAGCAGAUUACUGGAGCUUGUCCAGCAACAGCUAAACGGGACAUUUAUUAUGCACUAAAAGACACUAACCAAGUGGCGGCCUCAGUGUGAGCUGCCUGGCUGUGCUGCAGUGUCAGCUGUCAAACUGUGGACUCGACUAUCAUUUUGCACAACAUUGUUUUUAUGGUGAUACAAAAGACUUUAUGCAAAAAAUAUUUCUAGAUUCAAGUGUACGAGCAAUGGCCCAAAAUGCAACGGGUUGAAUUUGUGUAUGGCAAUCGUGUAGUGUAGCAUAACUUAUUUCUGUAUAUUUAUCAUCUUUGUUAUGUCGACGUUUUUGCUCAUCAUAAUGUAUUAUGAUUAUUGAUCAGAUUGUCUAAUUUUCUUUUUUAUUGUGCGUUUUGUGUUAUUUUUGUCUGAUGUACAAGAGGAAAUCUUGGAAUUAUAGAUUAAUAUGAAUGAUUUGAUCUGCUGUUGUACGCGUAAAUUUGCAUCUUAUCUUUUUGUCUGUGUUGAACUGUAUGCUCUCUGUUUGUCAUUCAGGACAUUUUCUAAUACAUGUUUUUUUUUUCUCCCAACAGA